GGCAUAUAUAUAGUCGCCACUCGUCAGCCAUUUCUCGCAAGAAAGAGCUCCCGGCGGCCGCGGCGCCCAAAACCCUACUUAUAUCUCUCUCAAGUCGUUCAAAGAAUCGGAACUCAUUUGGCAGCAUUAAAUGGCUCCUCCUACGAAAGCUACCCCGAAGAAGCCUGAUCCAAAAGCACAGGCCUUGAAAGCUGCCAAGGCUGUGAAGUCUGGAGCUUCUACGCUUAAAAAGAAGGCAAAGAAGAUCCGCACUUCUGUAACCUUCCAUAGACCUAAGACACUGAAAAAGGAAAGGAACCCAAAGUAUCCUCGCAUCAGCGCCCCUCCAAGAAACAAGUUGGACCACUAUCAGAUCCUCAAGUAUCCUCUGACGACUGAAUCUGCCAUGAAGAAGAUAGAAGACAACAACACGCUUGUCUUCAUUGUUGAUAUCCGUGCAGAUAAGAAAAAGAUCAAAGCAGCAGUGAAGAAGAUGUAUGAUAUCCAGACAAAGAAAGUCAAUACCUUAAUCAGACCUGAUGGCACGAAGAAGGCAUAUGUGAGGCUGACACCAGAUUAUGAUGCUCUUGACGUUGCAAACAAAAUCGGCAUCAUUUAGAUCGGACGUGUGUUUUUUGCUCUCUCAUUUUCAGAUGGAAGUUUUGCAUUUAGUGUUUAAUAGAAAAGAUGGACUGGUUAUAAAUGCUGGGAAGGUUAUGCUUUUUAUAUUCAUCUAUUAAGUUAGCAGUUUGGUUUC